AUGGCGACAGCCAGCACAACCGUGAUGCUGGCGCUCGUGCUUCCUGUGGUCUUGCUCGCAUGCGCGGGGCCAAGCAAGGCGCAGGAUUGGCGCGUGCCGUUGCCAAGCCAGGACACCCCGUACGAUGACCUCUUCCAUGUAGGACCUGUCAUGUCGUUUACAGAGAGCAUUGUCUACUGCUCCGACCCAGAGUACCAGGACCGCACCAUUGCGCGCCUCGACGACCCGGCGCAAGUGGAGCAGCUCAAUGUGCUUCGCUACACUCGUGGCACCUUUCCCACCAGCGGCACUGGCGGCAACAGCCCCAGCACAGGCGGUGGCAGCUACUUCUGGGACUGUGCCAAUCUCCGGGAGUGCACUGACACCCAAUAUGAGACGCUCGCCCCAACUGCAACGUCAAACAGGGAGUGUGCUGAGCUGACCGUGUGCGCCUCUGGUGAGGAGUAUGAGACAGUUGCUGCCACCGCCACGAGUGACCGACAAUGCCAGCCGCUCACGGAGUGCUCCGACAUCCAAUAUGAGUCGCGCGCGCCAACGGCGACAACGGAUCGCGGGUGCAGCGACCUCACCUUCUGCGCCACCGAAACGGAGGUGCAAACCACGGCCCCCACAGCCACCUCCGAUCGCGAAUGCGAGCCUAUGGAGGACUGCGUUCGGGGCAACACAUAUCGUGGCGAGGAGCGCCCGGAUGAUUGGGGCGAGGACGACCCAACCGUCGACGCCAACGAGCCGGAGCCGCUGCUGUUCACCACCACGGGUUGCCGUCGCAUCACAAAGUGCUCUGGGAACGAGUACCAGUCCCGGCCGCACACCGUGUACCACACUGCCAUCUGCAUGCGCGUCUCCAGGUGCGAGAGCGAUGAGUACGAGCCCAGGCCAGCAACGGACACCACAGACACGCUGUGCCUCAAGUACUCGCAGUGUGUGGACGGUGUGGAAUAUGAGGCAAGGCCGCCCACGGACACCACAGACAGGGACUGCCAGCCCAUUGCUGAUGAGUGCAGUGCCGAAGAUGGCUUUUAUGAGGCAGCGGCGCCAACAGCCACCUCAAACCGCGUCUGCAAACCAUUCAUGCGCCGGCCAGAGUUUGCGCUUGGGACAGGCACGUCGCUGUCACCGUCCCUUUCCCUCCUCUUCAACAACGAAUCACUCAGCAGCGCCAUCGCCCCAGUUGCUGAGUCAGCAGAUACCACCUCCUUCUCCGCUGUGGUUGCAGCGUCGUCCCCAGAUGGCCUGGGCGUGAAUGUGCGCGUCCGCAACCAGGGCUACCUCACAGCCUACGACACGUUCAUGCUGCCGGAUGAGUACGGGUACCAGGAAGACAGCAACGUGCCUUUAGCCGUGGCGUGGAGCGCGGCGAAUGGCCAGGCGACCAUCUCCCUGACGCAAUCCAUCGCUGACGUCACACCGCCACGCCGUGCAUAUGUUCUCGUCUUGGAGGCGGCGGACACGCGCAGCACGUGCAUUCUGAGCAGCACCAGCACCUUGCCCGGCCCAUGCACGGCCGCGUUUCUGCUUGUGGUCCCUGUCAUCGCCACUGUGGAUUGCGCAGGUGCCCAGCACUAUGUGCUCACGGGCAACGCCACCACUGCGGAUAUGGAGUGGACGCCACUGCGGCAGCGCUUGCUGCGCGCAUCGCCACUCGUGCACUACUCACACACGCUCGAGACGGCGCCAGGGAACACCUUUGAUAACAACACGUACUCGCAGGGCGUGUUCGUUCACUCCUUCUACAGCAGCGCCACGGUGCAGCCGCCAUCAUGGUGCCUGGUGCAGGUCACCGUACUCCCUGGCGUCACUCUCACCAUCAGCUCUGUUGGCCAUGUGUUCCUUCCGCAAAGCAGCAGCGGUGGAAGCCGUGCCAUCUCCCUCGACUACAUCAUCGACCAGCAGCAAAUCAGCGGAGCCGGAUUGCAAGUGAAUGCGCUGUAUGGCGCAAUUCUUCCCCUGCACGGGUUUGGGCUCGUGUUGCAGCCACCCGAUGGCGAGUCGUUUUCGUUUCAGGUCGCUGAUGCAAACACCGAGGCCUCCGUGUCCACGCGUUUGGAGUUUUGCCAGCAGCCUGGCUUGACCGAGUGGGAGGAUGACGCAAUACAGGUGGAGGCGCAGACCGUCUUCCACUACACGGGGAAUGGACAGCGGCAAGUGGACCUCAGCGCCAGCUCUGCGCUCAUUGCGGCAGACGGACAAUGCUUCCGCUUCACGCUGACCACCGCAGCGCUGACACAGCCAUUCCAGCUGGAACGGCUUGUCUUUGUUCUCAACGGCGCCGCAGCAAGCAGCGACACGCCCAUCAGCCGGGACGUUUACUCCACCUUCUACAGCAAGUCGCAGAACUUUGUUGUGUACAAGACAGACCACUCUUCAAGCGUCAGCACGACUGACCCCGGCGCCGCUGUCACCAUUCAGGACAUCACGCCACCGACGUUUGAGAACUGCCCCACUGUCGUCUCUGUGCGCGCAGACCGCAACAGCGCGACUGCUGUGGCGACGUGGACGGAGCCGACAGCUGUCGACAACGUCGAAGUGCGCAGCGUUGAGCGCUCACACGCCCCCGGGGCUGAAUUCAGUGUCACAGACUCGCCCCACGAGGUCACGUACACGGCACAGGACACAAGCGGCAACACGGGCACAUGCACGUUCCUGGUGCUUGUAGACUACGACCAUGUGACACUGCCGUCUGCCUUCAACGUCCGCUUCACAGACAUCACCAGCGUGGAGGUUGGCUCCGUGCCGCUUGGCGGCAACGUCGUGCAGAGCGUGUACGCGGACCAGAUUCUGGCGCCGGGCAACCGCGCACCGCUUUUCUAUGCCGUCACGGGCGUUGUUCCGGAGACCAACACGCUCAGUGUGGGCCUGCAGCCGUCCACUGGCGAUGCGUUUGCGCUUGUGUUUGGCGAGCAGGAGGUUCGCGCACGCUUCGUCAUUGACAUCACGCUCGUGCGGCUCACGGACGAGCAGGCAGCCGAUGUCCCGCCCUCCACAACAACCACGCCAACCACGACGACGACGACGACCACUACGAUCACCACCACCACUGGCACGUUCACUGGCACAACUCGACCGGGCUCGUCACCAACAACACCCUCCGAUGCCCCACCCACCACUGCAAGCACGGGCACGACGACGACGACCGAGGCGCCGCUGGUGCUGCAGGAUGCGCUGCCCUUUGAGCAGAACGAGAACGAGUUUGUGUCCGCCGCCCUCAGGCUGGGAAACCUCUCCCUGCCCAACUCCCUCCAGUUUGGAGACGGAGGACCGAACAACAUCAUGCAAUCAGACGGAGCAGGCAACAGCGGCCCCUUCUUCCGGAACGAGAAUGGUGACGUCAUCCUCGAGUUCCAGUCAUCCGCCGACAGCACCAUCAAGUUCAACACGACGACCAACGACGUGGAGACGAUUCGGGUUCGAGGAACGUCCCGCAUCUUCACGCAGGAGCUGUCCUUUUCCGGCGUCAACGUCCUGCUCCAGUACCCGGGCCUGUUCUCCCUGGCCGACGCGCGCCGCCGCAGGAGGAGCCACGGAGGUUCACACGAGCCCGCCACGUUUGGGCUCACCCCAGACAGCAGCGUGCGCGUGGAGUACCUGUUCCUGUCCUCGGACGAGCAGGGCUCCACCCCGACGCGAACAGACGGCUUUCUCACCUUUGAGGACGACGUGCCGCCAACAUACGGCAACACGUGCCCAGACAACAUCACCGCCAUUGCACCGGCCGACGCCAGCGCGGCCAACGUGACGUGGGUUGAGCCGCAUGCAACAGACAACCGCCGCGUCGUGUCAGACGUUGGCUCGCUCACACCGCCCGUGCUCCUGCCCAUCAAGACCCCAAGCGACCCCGACUACCAGGUCGUGUACGAGGCCAUGGAUCAGUUUGGCGCCACGGCAACGUGCGUGUUCUAUGUCCGCGUGGUGGACGCUGAUGCACCGGUUGUCACGUGCCCGCCUUCGCAGCUGCUCAACGCCGACGAGACGACGGGUGUGGGUGUGCUGGAUGCAUCGCUCGUGGAGCCACCACGCGUGGUUGACCGCGGUCGUGUGUACACGCCACCCGACAACCUGCAGGCGACGUUCGACGUGGAGACUGCACAGAGCACCUAUGCAAUUGGCGUAACGCAGGCGCAGAUUAGUGUUACGGAUGACUGGGGCAACGCGGGCACGUGCACGUUUGAGGUGGAAGUGGUUGACGUCACGCCGCCAAGCGCCCUCAACUGCCCGAGCGUGGGUCCCAGCGCGGUGUCGGACGACGGGUCAGAUGUGGCAGCGUCGUGGACAGACGUCACGUGGACCGACAACGACGGCCCACCAACUGUCGAGGCGUCACACACGACGGGCGACCUGUUCCCAAUUGGCGUGACGCUGGUGAGCAUCGUGGCCACGGACGCCUCUGGCAACAGCGCCGCGUGCGAGUUCAACGUGACGGUCGUGGCAGCAGGCAGCGGCACGGGCACAGGCGGCUCUGCGGCAGGAUCGCUGUCCACGGCUGGCAUUGUUGGCGUUGCCGUUGCGGUUGUGGCCAUCAUCAUUGUCCUGUGCGUUGUGAUUGCCGUGCUCAUUGUGCGCGCCCGAAAGCGCCCACACGACUUUGAGGCGAUCCUGGAGGAGAUGCGUCAGCUCAAGGCGCUCACCGGGUUUGACACGGCCAAGGGGGAGGGGCCCGUGAAACCGCGCGAACUCAAACGCUCCUUCGUCAAGAUCCUCGAUGUCCUGGGCAAGGGCAACUUUGGCAACGUGUGCAAAGGCCUACUCAACGAACCAGGGCGACCACAAUACAUUGUGGCCAUCAAAACACUGCACGAGGAAGCUGGCGAUAUUGGCCGACGCGAACUCCUUCAAGAGAGCGCCGUCAUGGCGCAAUUCCAGCACCCGAACGUUGUUGGUCUGGUUGGAGUUGUGACUGCUGGUGAACCGAUGCUGAUGGUCAUUGAGUUUUGCGAACUCGGCGCGCUGAACGCGUAUCUCGCUGCCAACGACCCACCACUGGACAUGAAAUACCGGUUUGCCGUCGAUUGCGCAGCCGGCCUCGCCUACCUCGCCUCACGCGGGUUUGUGCAUCGUGAUAUUGCGGCUCGAAAUGUGCUGCUGAGCUCUGAGGAGCGCUGUAAGAUCAGCGAUUUCGGUCUCUCCCGCGAAACAGAGCACUCCGACUAUUACCACUCGCGCAAAGGUGGCGCCCUUCCAGUGCGAUGGACGGCGCCAGAGGCGUUGGAGAAUCAGAAGUUUUCCAGCGCUUCGGACUGCUGGAGUUUCGGCAUUCUCAUCUACGAGAUCUGGACACGUGCCGCUCGCCCGUACGAGGGAUGGAGCAACCAGAAGGUGUGGGCCAAGGUGACGUGCGGGUAUCGACUCCCGCGUCCGCGCAAGUGCCCCAAGGAGGUGUACCACCUCAUGCUUCUGUGCUGGCACCAUGAUCCCUUCCAGCGCCCCCAGUUUGAUGAGCUUCGGCGCGCGUUUGAAUCGCUGCGGUCCGGCGUUCCAAACGGCAGUCCUCUCCUGGAGGAGCCCUUGUCGCCAGUCCCAAACCUGGUCCCGAACGAACGCGCGGAGACGCGUUUUAAUUCGUACCAGACGGAGGGCAGGUCCGUCUCGCCUGCCGGCACAGCGGCAACAGCGAGCACCAACAUGACGGGCACCACGUCUGCAAGCAGCAACGGAACCAAGUACGUUGCGCUGGAGAAACAGCAGCGAAGCGACAUCCUGUACCCGACACAGCCAGACGGCAACCCGCCGUCCACGCGCACACCCACCACGCUGGACAACAGCACGGACGGCACCACCGUGUGUGUGCUGGACUCGUCGUCACCCGUGCCCUUCAAGCAGUACACGCCUGCGGGCCAACCGCGCCGCUCUGUCGUGUAUGACCUCACGCGCAGCGAAGAUGGCGACUCCGUGGUGGAUGUGGACGUGCACGGGCACCCGCCUGUCAUCGACCCUGGUCCCGCCCGCCCCAGCACGGAGGGGCUGUAUGACGCCGGCGAAAACACGGCCAACCCAUACGCACCAGAUGACUAUGAGAAGGGCGGCAGGCGCCCAACUGAUUACACACGAGCGACGCCACAACUUGGGGAUGACGACGACGAUGGUGACGAUGGUCACGAGUACGCAGGGGAGAUGCUGAGUGGGAACGCGCAAUCAGGCCGGGCGAGCCCACGCCUGCCCGUGAGCGAGUAUGAGGACGCAAUGGCAGCACACACGCUGCAGGACUAUGAAGACACAGCCAUGCCUGCCGAUAUGAUGGCUGAGACGGUGUUUGCCGAGAACGGCACCAGCGGCACGCAUUAUGGCUCACAGCAGCAGCAGCAGCAGCAGCAGCAGCAACAACAGGGAGGGAGGAUGCGAGGCAUUGGUGGUGGUGGCCAGGAGGUGAGCUUCAUUCGGCGGCGCCACGACACGUACGACGGCACGGAGGUGUACAACGUGGCCGAGCACGACUACGCAGAGCCAGACGAGGAUGCCAAGGAAGGAUACCUGUCUGUGGAAGGCGAUGACAGCAGCACACGCGCGGUGACGAGGCGCAACACGGAUAUGAGUGAACCGCUGACGCCUGUGCUGCCGCCGCAGCUGCCGCCUGUGCACGAGUACGAAGACGCAGAGCUCGUGCAGGGCAACGGUGAGUACGAGAACACAAACGUGUUGGGCAUGCAUGAUGGCGACGCAACGCAGCAGCGACAGCAGUCCAACUACGAAGACGCCAAGAUGAAGCGGAGAUCAGCGGACUUCCACGAAUAUCUUCAGCCCAACACGCCCGGGUGAAUGAAAAGGAAGAUGGGAAGGGGGGGGGGGGUGAUGAGUGUGGGAUAACAAAGACAAUGGGAGAUUGUGUGAUUGCGAGUGCGUGCCUGUACAUGUGCGUGCUCGUGGGUGUUUAAUUGUGAGCGUGUGUUUUUUUGUGUGUGCUCAGUUUACGAUUGGCACCGCUGUGUCUUGUGUCAAGUUGAAACUUGCUGUUUGUGCGUGGUAGAAAGUUAUGUUGCUUGGAGACGAGGGCGGGCGACUGCUGCUGUGUUGUAUUCGACUGGUGAUGACAGAGCAACAGCGGAAACAAGUAAACGAACCACAC